UAAUCAAGAAUAGCUUCCUCUUCAUCCUUUGUCCUUUGUGCUUCUGUUCUCCCUGUUUCAUGGCAAUGGCUUCUCCUCAGUUGUUGGCGGUCUGUUUCAUUCUAUUGUGCACCAUCACCUUCACGCUAUGUGGGCAAUAUCACAUGGUUGGGGAUUCUGGGGGCUGGACUGUUGGCACUACCAAUUACACGUCAUGGUCUGCUUCCAAAAGUUUCCAAGUUGGAGAUAACAUACUGUUCCAGUACAACAACAAAUUCCACAAUGUGGUUCAAGUGACGAGAUCAAGCUACCAUUCAUGCAACACAUCCUCGCCCUUGGCGGUCCACUCCACCGGGAACGAUACCUUUCUGGUUAACAGCAGAGGACAUUAUUUUUUCAUCUGUGGGUUUCCCGGUCACUGUGAGGGAGGCCAAAAGGUAGACAUCAGGGUGACGCAUGACUUCGCUCCUCCUCCUUCCUUACCACCCUCGACAUUACCUACCCCAACUGCUGGCAAUAGCGAUUCCACAACCGCUAUUGCCAAAGCUAGGGCCCCUUCUUCUGGCCAUGCCUCUGCUUUGCUCACAACUCGAAUCCACAGGGUGGCCGGCCUUGCCUGCUGUUUGUCCACACUGUUUAUAGGCUCAUCAAUUUUCUACGUAUAGAUGAGCACUUUCUUGUUUAUUGCUUGUGUUGCUAGAUUGUUGGACGUCAUAAUUAAUUCCAUCACUUCUGUUGGAUUUGACUAAGAAAGUUUUGGAAGUUUAGAGCUAAUGAUGCUUGGGAUUC